AUGGAUAAGCAGCGUGGACUUAUUUUUAAAACCGGAUUAAUACUCCUUUUCCUACUGCAAGUUAUCACCGCUCUGAAAAUCACCAAAGUGCGCGUACCUUCGUCGUACAGCAUAUCGCGCGAGGAAGGCGAAAGUAAACCGCUCAUACUCGGCUGUGAUUACGACAUCGACGACGAUUCAUCGAAGGGUUUCGUGCUGAAGUGGAAACACAACGAUCUGCAAUUUUACCAAUGGAUACCGUCUAGAAAUCCGAUCGUGUUUAGUUCCUUCAAGGGACACAUCGAUCUAGACUACUCCGAAUCGGACGAUCGGCUCCACAAGCACAGUGUUAUAAAGUUCAUCAACCCAAUGGCCAACUACACCGGCAACUACACGUGCCAGGUGUCGACGUUCGAAGAGCUGGUAUCGAGCACCGCCCAUCUGCAGAUGAUCGUACCCGAGACGGACUUUUCGUUGGGCUUCCAGCGGGAAACGAACGGAAGUACGGUGGUGUUUUGUAACGUGGGGGAAAUAUACCCGCUGCCUGAUGUUGCUUUGCGCAUUGACGAUCAAAGGGUGUCAGACGCGGUGGCUUUCGAGCAAGUACAGGAAUACACGGGCUAUUACAACGUUUCCGUACAGUACAUCCUACCGGAUCCGAACAAAGACUUGGAGCUACAGUGCGAUGUGACGAUACCGGCAACGGACUACACGCUACACAGCAGCAUGCCUUAUCAGGGUGCCGCCUUCCGAGUAACUGCCGCCACACUGCAGGUGUUCCUGUGCACCGCCAUUACUGUGACACUUGCACGAAUGCUGACCAUGUUCUAG